GUUUGGCUGCACACAGGCUGCAGUUUCAGUUUGUUUUAUUCACCAUUUUGAAGCUGAAGGUAAAAAAUAAAGAAUAUUUGCGUUUGGAGCACGAGCCGCGGCCGCACUUUUGUUUUUCACGCGUGAGCUGGGACGGUGGAGUUGUGCGUCACCCUCGCGCCCCCCUGGGUGUUUUGCAGAGCGGGAAUCUACAGUUUCUUUUUUUUCCUCCCCCCCGUGCUUUUUCUUCUCCCCCUUUUUUUCUUACAUCCUUAACCUCCACAGUAUUCCUGCAAAAUGUCCAGACCCGUGAGGAACAGGAAAGUGGUGAACUACUCACAAUUCAACGAGUCGGAUGCAGAAGAGGAGUAUGGCGACAACAAGCCCAAGAAGGUUCGCGCAGCCCCUCGUGAGCCCAAGCACAAGCGCUCGAAGAACUCACAGGAAGACAGCGAGGACUCUGAUGACAAGCUCUCCAAAUCCAAAAAUGAUUCAGCAGACGACUUUGGCAGUGAUGAGGAGGACAACGACUUUGGAGAGGAGGAGGAAGAAGACGGCGGGAGCGACUAUGAAGAGAAAAAGGGGAAAAAGGGAAAGAAAGCCAAGGCGGAGAAGCCCAGCAAGAGGGGGCCGAAGAGGAAACGGGCCGCAGAUGACAGCGACGACGACAGGGAAGUGAGUCGAAAGCGUACAGUGCGCCAGGCGGCCUCCAAGGCGGUGUCCAAACAGAGAGAGAUCCUGCUGGGAGACGGAGGCAGCGAGGACGAGGAGCACGAAGACCCAGAAGAGCCCUACAUGGACCCUGACGAGUCCGGCAGCGACGAGGACUUCAUGGUGGAGGACGACGACGACAGCGACUACGGUCAGUCCAAGAAGAGAGGCAAGAAGGUGAGUCGGCGGGGACGGCCAGACAAGAAGGAGAAGAAGAGCCCCAAGCCCCGGCUAAAGGCCACAGUGACCCCCAGUCCCAUGAAGGGCAAGGGGAAGGGGCGCCCCAGCACCAAGACCGUGGAGAAGAGCUCACCCAAAGAGGAGGAGGAGGAGGAGGAGCCCGAAAGCCCCCUGGAGGAGGAGGAGGAGGAGGCCGAGAAGAAGGAGAGCUCCCCUCCCCCCAAGACGACGAAGGAGGAGGCGGGAGCGGAGGAGGAGGAGGAGGACGAGGAGGAGGAGGACGGCUCGGAAGAGGAGGCGCCCUCUGGAGACGACUAGAAGAUGGUACCCGUUUGAAGCCCAUGCUCCUCGUCUCUCUCUCCCUCUCUCUCUCUUUUUCUCUCUCUCUCUCUCUCUCUCUCACCCCUCGUUUUCUUUUGUUGCCCUGCGUUUAGAGUUUGUUUUUUUUUUUUUUUUAACAUUUUGUUUUCUCCUGGUGGCCUGGCUCAACGGUUUGGACUCUGCUGUGCCCCUUUUUGAACCCCCCCCCCCCCCCGUUUUCCUUCUUCUCGCUCUCGUAUUUUAUUCGACUCGUCUCUUCCUCGCCACGCUGAAUUCCUUGCGAGCAUCCGUCCCGAGCUUCUCGAAACGCUAGGCCCUUUCUUUCUUCUUCUUCUUCGUCUUUUCCCAGCUGCAGGUGCGCCUCUCCCCUCGCCUCCAUCGCCCUCUCCUCGGUACUUCGCCCCGUUCGCUCGCUUGCAGCCGGUUCCCUGAGUGAUCUUUUGAUUAACGGCGGCGACGUCACAUUUCCCGUGCACGUUAAGGCAGGGCGCCGCCUCCCAUGUCGUGUUUCGGCGCCCUUUGUGGUUCACUCUGCUGCCGUGGUGAAACGGUUUCUGUCUCUAUAAGUGAGGCUUUUUAACGGCGUCCUGUUACCCCCCACUGCCCCCCUUACCCCCAACAUCCAGCCCCUUGGGCCAGGCACCCCUAAAAUCUGCUCAUCUGUAAGAAAAUGCAAGAAGAGAUGUGAUCUUUUUUUUGUUGGGUUUUUUUUUUUUUUUUUUUUUUUUUUUGAGAGUUACAAAAUGAAUGUUUUUUCUCCUGUUGGUUCAUUGUUCUAAUUCUCUAUUCAGAUUUUUUUUGUAAUGUUUGUUUUUUAAGAAAAGAAAUAAAAAUGUAUCUUGAUUUUAAAGAAAAAAAGUCGACCCUAUCCGAUCUGUUCUGCUUGCCCCGCCCCCUUCACUAUAGCCCCUCCCCCUCCUCCUCCUGCUUCUGUUAGCUUAAUGGUUACCGUCAGUAUCCAUGUCCAUUUCUUUCGCCUUGCCCAAGUUGAAAUGUUUUUAAAUGCGGAAUUCUGCCGUACGGACACUCAGUAGAUUUAAUCAUGGGCAGCUCGGUGUUUUCCGGUGUAGCUGCCAGAUCGGCAACUUCUGAAUUCUCACGACGGCGACGCAGCGACCUUCUCCGAACGAACUGCUGGUCGAAUGGCAGAAUUACAGACGUACCGAUGCAGCAAACUUCUUCUUUGGUUUGUAACAUCGAGCAGCUGACUCCAGAACUACACCAUGUUUUAUUAUAGCAUCGUAUUGAUUCUAUAAUCAAUGUCUGACAUUACAAGAAAAAAACAGCGCUGUGAAAAUGUUAGAUUUUUCAGGCAGCACAUCGCUCCGAUAGCGCUAAUCUGGUUAAAUGUCGCGCUCUUGACAUGACCGGACAUUUACCCCAUCGACUCGCCCGUCCGUUUCUAAACCUUCUGGUCAUUCUGUACCGCUAACGUUAGCGUUCACGCGACGCGCCUCGCCAUCCCUCGACCGGUCGCCGCUCCGCCGCCGUGGGGUUCCUGAGUUGGCCAGCUGAUCGGCUCUGGGUCACGCGAUCAUAGACGAUGCUAACUGCUGUGAAAACACGUCACGCAUUAGAGUCUCCUGCACCUCCUCUUUGGGUUCCUGUCUGUUCACCAAGCUAGCUUGCGCUGCUGGCGAGGCUGCUCGGUGGUAACUCCUCCCAUUGUCACUAUUUACCUGUGAAUAAAGCCAGCGCUGGUCCUUGCAGGUCGGACUACAGUGUGGUUCAGAGUGCUUUGUUUCUGUGAAAUCAGUAUUUGUUGGAAGACGAACGACAAAUUGUGCACACAUUUCCAGUUCUGCAGUUCAUCGAAGUCAUGUGAUUGUUUACGAUUUUUCUUCUCGGUUAGCUCCGUCGCUCUUGUAUCAUCAACUCUAAAAAAAAAAAUUAGAUGUAGCACCGACUCACUUGUGGCUAAACUUCUGGGAACGAGCUCUGCGUUUCCGUCAACAAGCUCAGUGUAGCUGUUCAAUUCUCCACUCUGAGGCCAGGUGUGCUCUGAACCCGGCGUUUUGGUCCUGAUCCGUGACGUCGUCUGUAACCGCGGUGCACCCAGCUGUUCUGGCGCCACACCGGCGCUCAUUUGUCUGUUUAAUGCCUUAAUUUCCAUCGAGUUGAGUUCCAGCAGUAGCUCUUGACGAUAUCACUGGAGGCCUGAGAAUGUAAAUCUGUCCUGGUCCUUUUCGGCCUUCGCCGCGAAGCGGCCGGCCGAUCGGACUUAAAGACGAGUCAACAAUUUGUACGAUCAGCGGAGCAUCCAAAGCCAUAAAUGAUCUCAAAACUAGUGACUCGGAGAUCAGGUGCAGCACUUGUGAGAUUACCCUUUUCUGGUGAGACGUGUUUGAUGUCAAAGAAAAAGAAAAAGGAUAAAAAAAAAAAAAAAUCAAAGUUAAUUAGGAUAAAGUUCCAAUCUUGGGAAUGUGUUUCCACGUGGAGUUUGCGAUCGGAGUCGGUCCCGACGGACACCUUGAACCAAGGUUCUGGAUUCAGAAGCACAUUCGAUUCAUUUCCGAUUGUCCUCAUUGGUGUUUUGUUUCUCUACGUUCAAGGUUCUGAAUUGGCACCGAAACCAUUCUGUCAUUUGGAGACGAUUGGAUCAGAUUAAAAAAAAAAAAAAAAAAAAAAUGAACGAAACCCUUGAGGGGUCAAAACGAGUUUGUCUGGACCAACCUAAGCAGAGCUGGGAGGGCGGUCUGCGGUGGGAUCAGACCCGUCUGGACUGACGCCCCUCUCCCCUCCAUCCCCCCACAAGAGGCACAUGGCACAAGGCCAUGAAUUUCCCCUCUUCCAUCCAUUCUCCCACUUCGGUUCUACUGUCUCUGAUGUUGUUGGUUUCUCCCUCUUCUUUCUCUGGUUUUGUUUUUCUAUCUACCUUCAGUUGUACUGGCAAUGUAAAUGUAAGCCGAGUUGUGAUUCCUACAGGAGACCAAGUGGAAAAGCUUUUGUUCAGUCGUGUGGAAAAAGGAACGCUGAACUCUUGAAUCUUUUUUGCAUGUUGUGGAAAAAAAAAAAGUGCGAAGCGAUGAUGAUGAUGAUGCUGGUAAUGGCAAUAUUGUGGUCUUACAAAAAGGAAAAAAACAAAACAAAAAGUAUUAACGACGACGAUGUUGAUAAUGUUUUGGUUUCCCAGCUUCUAAUAAAGGCGACCUACUUUUUA